AUGCCUCGCCCUCGCACCAGAUCCACAGAAAAUGGGAGCGAUGUGGAUACGGAACCCGUCAUGGCAGAGGCACGGUACUCGAGCAGAGUCAGAGCGCGAGAGGCGGAAUCCGAAGAGGCCACAGAAGUAGUCGUAGACAUUCCUGAACGCUCUAGUCGGAGAAGAAGAAUCACCAGGUCCACGAGUCAGCAGGUUGGUCUUAGCGAGAAGCAGGACAGGGAAGAUGGUUCGAACAUUGAAACAGGCAUCAUCGUCGACGAGCAGGGCGGAGAUGGGGCUCGAACAGCGCGCCCUGGAAGCUCGCGAGCUCACAUUGGAUGCAAGCUCACCAAGGGCAAGCAGAGGUCGGCGAGGGAUGGAGACAGCAUGCAACUUCACGGUGAAGACCCCACGGCAGGCCCAUCUGGCCAUCCGCAAUUUGAGAGUGGUCAAGGCGGGCCAGCUUCAAGCUCGGCAUCGCUGUCAAGAGAUGGUUCCACCGCUCGCACUGCCACCCCGGCAACGUCUCCAGCAGCAGCCGACCCAUCAUCCUCACUCUCCAGCACGACAGAAUCGUCGGGCGGCGGAGCCAGUGCGGCAGGAUUGACAAGUCUGCCCGAGGCUCAAGGUUUCAGCAGCUCGCAGGGCACCACUACAAGCGCAGGCGCAACGCAUGCCACGCAUCAGCGCACGCCUGCUCGCACAGCAGUCGAAUCCGCAGAGCACUCCGCUAACCGCGCUCGAGCCGUUCUUCUCUCUGCCUUGGGAAUAUUGCCAGCUCCCGGCCGCGCAUUUGUUUUCCCUAGCAUGGCCACUGGCGCUACUUUGCAAUCGCCAGGCGCACGGCCGGGCGGCACCGGCAGGCUCCAGCCUACAGAGGGAGACCCGCUGGACCAUCCCAGUGAUACGCUGCUGGCUCUCUUGCAGGACAUUCUGGGCCUCGGACGAGGAGCGACCUUCAGAGGUCACGGGCAUGCGGCGCUACAGGGUGGUACCCGGAAUGCAAGCGCUGCUGGGACGCGUACUGCUGGUGACGCCUCGACUCCCACCAUUGAUCCGGCAUCUGACCGCGCACACGAGGGUAAUGAAAGUGGCAUGGGUCCCACUGGUCCGUUUGGGCAAGGCGCCGCACGUUCGGACGACCCUAGCGGGGAACAAGCCCAGCCAACAGGCGCCGCUAGAGAGGAGCCGAGACCCCGAGUGGGAACCAGUGAGUAUCGCUUUCGCAAUCAGCAGGUGCGAGGUUGCCCAAACGCUCUCGGGCUACCGUAUUGACUUGCCACGACUUUUCUUUCUCAGCCGUCAUCGUACAAGGAGCCCUGAUCUCCAGAACGAUACCUCCUCGUGCGCAAGGCAUCGAGUCUGGCAGCCCGCACGCAACAGUCGACGGGCCUUCCGAUUCCACCGACCGUCCCACGCAAACUCAAUCGUUUUUGGGAGCUCAAAGCCAGACCCAAGCAGAAGCUGGUACCAGCGCCACAUCUUCGAGAUCUUCCGAGCCUUCUGCACGGUCAUCGUCUCAGGCAGGCGGCACGAGAGGUCAAACAGCGCAAGCAGCGACCUUGGUGGAACAGGCGGAUAUGCUGUCGCAUCUUUGUAGCGUGGCCGCCGCAGCUACAGCGGCUUCGCUCAUAUCCGGACCUUCUGGUCAAGCGCCUGGAGGUAGCAACAGUGGUGCAGGUACUGGAUCAACCGCCGCAGAAAUAGCGCAGGGCAUUCGUGGAAAUAUGGACGGUAUCGGAUAUGGAAGGCGGGCAAUGGCCCCCUCAGCUGCUGCCGCUGCGCUUCGACGUGUGAGCGCUCAGCCUUCCAGCGCAGCACGUGCCGAGACCUCCUCUCCGAGUAUUACCGUUCCAGAAGGACCGUCAGACAGGUUAAGCGCUCAUCGUCGCGCAGGUGUCGCGCCAGUGUGGCCUUUCGAGGGGCCUUUCUUGCCAUCUAGCCGAAGCACCGGCCAACGCGCAUGGCACCGCGCAUCUGGAAGCACCGGCGGUAGAAGCCGUUCUUCGAUCAGCUCCGUUCGAUCUUCUGCCUCGAGCGUCGUCCGCUCUGCCCUUCGCCACUUUGUACACGGUAUCGGUGGGGUCUUUAGACGUAAUCGCACUUCCGCGAAUGCUCGCGAGGAGGUCUCGACCACCUCUUUGUUUUCCGAUAAUGGCGCUGCAGCGCAAGAGCGCAGUUAUAGCUCUCCUCAAGCCAUGAUGCGCGGCGAGCGAGGCGCGGCGAGGGAGGCGCUAAGCAGCCUCGUACGAAACAUCUUUCGUCGAACGCAACGUGGCUCAUUCCUUGCCAGCGCCGAACCUUCUUUCGCCUCUCAGACGCCUGCUGAGAGCAGAAUUGGUCCGACGCUCGCACGUGCCGGUUCGUUUCUAGCCGGACACACUCGCGGACCGUCGAACGAGUCGCCACGGCGCUCGCUGCUGGAUAUCACCUCGACCAAUAUUGCGGGACAGAGAACAGGAGAGAGUCCUCAUGAAAUGGCGGCGCUCUUGGAGAGAGCCAGGGGAAGAGAGCUGCAGCAGGGCCAAGAAGGCUCCUGGGAGCGCUUCAUGUACAAUCUGUCGCGCGAUCUUGCCGCUGCUGUGAGGGAUCUACCUGCUCCUCCUUCAGAUGGCCCGAAUCAUGGCGAGUCGCAGGAAAGUGCUGCUCAGCAGCAUAGCGAACAAGAGUCAAACACUGACGGGAGCGGGUCAAGAAUGUACAUGUCUGAUGGCAGCAUUGACGGCGAGACGCGCACGCGACGCCAGCAGGACAUUCAGCAUGGCCAAUUGGCCUUCUACCGUCUGUUCAGAUUCAACCCUACACCCGUGCCGGCGUCUGCUCAGACAGGCGACCAAAGUUCGACGCCCUUACAGCCGAGUGCGUCGCCCUCGGGCCCGAGCCGCGCUCGAGCCAGCAGUCUGCCGCGUUCAGGGUCUGAAGAUGCUAUCCACAGUCUCCCAUGGCGCGAUCAAGCGACAUUCGGAUCGACCCCCCGCUCUGGAGGGCAGAAUGCGCAGACAUCCCCAUCCACCCUUGUCCCGUGUGUCGUGAUCGGCGUUCGCUCUUUGGGGGCGAACGAGCCCGGGGGUCUCUUUGGCGUGCCCGUAGACCCUCAAUUACGAGACGCUCCGCCUGGAGCUGCUGCUGCUGCCACAGGCGAGCAGGCUCAGAGCGCCAAUCCAUCAGCGGGUGGCGAGGCAAGGAGCAACGUCGACACGAGCACGAGCGCACAGGCUGAGAGCGUGUCGGACACAAAUUACGCGAGAUACCUUCUCUUUAUUGGAGGCGGAACGUACAGUUCGGAUCAUCCUUUGCUGCAGGCUAGCCCGUCCCGCGCAGCUCAAGACCUCAUGUUGGCCAUGGAGGUGAGCCAACGGCAGGGAUCAGACUCUUGCGUGCCCAGCUGACGAGUGGUUGCUUUCCAGAUCCUUUCCCGCGUCAAUGGAAUGCGCUCCCAGCCAAAUACUUUGACGCAAGAACAGAUUGAGAGCGCCAAUCUCGUUCGACUUGUGCCAACAAGGGACACUAUCGCAAAGCACGUAGCGGAAGGGGAAUUGCGUGAGAAUACGGCCGAAAAGUGUUUGAUUUGUCUCGAGGACUGGGAGAGCGCCUGCAAAGUUGCUUCGGAGGCGCGAGAAACGGAUGGCUCGUCCAAGGAACACGAGGCUAGAUUGCUCAAGUGCGGACACCUGUUCCACGCUCAUUGUGUUGAUCAGUGGGCCAAAUCAUCUAGCGUGAGUGGGCGACGUUCUAUUCUCCAUCAGCCCGUACGCUGUCUGCGCUCACAUGCGAUGCUUUACCCCCCGAUUCAGAACUCUUGCCCUCUAUGCAGAGCACAAAUCGUGCGCUCACCUGGAGCACCACCUUCCGCUCCGCAUGUCGCCCCUGCUGCUGCUGGACCAGCUGGCGACGCAGCACCGUCUGCGCCUGCAGCAUCCACAGCCUGA